CUUUCAGCGGGUCAGCGCAACCGGUCUGAGCAGUCAGUCACCACUCACCAGUGGUUUCCUUGGAAGUUACCUGACGCUUGUGCCAAGCUAUUGUACGUACCCUUGUCCGUUACGUGAGUACCAGGCAACCCGAAUAUCAAUCAACCUCCACUAUCAACUCCUCUCCACGAUAGCUACACAAUCGCUACCAUCGAUCUUUUGAGUGCCUCACCGUUGCCAUUCCAAUACACGACGCUUCAUCCGCUCCGAAACGAUUGUUCCCAGCCGCCACGAUGAACAUUCUAGAAUGGGCGUUUGGCAAGCGAAUGACGCCAGCAGAGCGUCUGCGCAAGAACCAGCGCAUGCUCGAUAAGGCGAUCCGAGAAUUGGACCAGGUCCGAACCAAGUUGGAGAAGCAGGAGAAGCAGUUGAUUACCCAAAUCAAGCAAAGUGCUCAGAAGGGACAGAUGGGCGCCUGCAAGAUCCAGGCCAAGGACUUGGUCCGGACAAGAAGGUACAUCGAGAAAUUUUACGGCAUGCGCAGUCAACUGCAAAAGAUCUCUCUCCGGCUUCAGACAUACCGCACCAACGAACAAAUGAUGACGGCCAUGAAGGGCGCAACCCAAGCCCUCGGCACCAUGAACCGAUCGAUGAACCUCCCCGCUCUUCAACGCAUCGCAAUGGAGUUCGAGCGCGAGAACGACAUUAUGGACCAGAGACAGGAGAUGAUGGAUGACGUUAUGGACGAUGCCAUGGAUGUUGGUGCCGAAGAGGAAGGCGAGGAAGUUGUCGAGCAAGUCCUGGAAGAAAUUGGAGUUGACUUGACAUCAGCGCUGGGCGAAACACCGUCUGGGAUGCAAACUGCGGCCGUACCCGAAGGCAGAAUUGCCCAAGCAGUUGGAGGAGGUGGAGGCGGAGGUGCGGAUCCCGGCGACGACGACCUUCAGGCCCGCCUCGACAGUCUUCGGCGGUAGCCACAGCAAUGGAGGGGCUGGUAGAGUGAUGACGAUAUUUUGCGGACGACAGCGAUGUAUGAGGGAGAUAACGGAGCAGCCAGUUUGUUUUGUCACAUAUGGAACGGCGUUCCAGGAUAAGGGAAGGCGAACUUUUUCUCAAGCAAGGCUUCUAAAUAUGCAAUACGUCUACUUCAAUGGGAGUUGCCGUGAACGAGCCGUGAAAUGCUGUUUAGGAGGUGGCAUCGGAACAAUGCGCUAUUCGUCUACAACCAGUGCCGGUCCUUAUAGUGUGGUG